AUGAAAACACUAAGUUGGAACUGCCGAGGGCUUGGGAACCCUCGGACAAUUCAGGACCUCUGCCAUAUGGUAGAGGAAAAGAAGCCCAAUGUAGUGUUUUUAAUGGAAACAAAGAUGAAAAAAACAAAAGCUGAAAGUCUUAGGAGGAGGUUAAAAUUUGAAGGUUGUAUGGUAGUAGAAUCAGUAGGAUUGAAGGGAGGCUUGAUGAUGAUGUGGGAUCAUAUGAUAGAAGUAGAGGUGGUUAAUUUUUCUGUUUGGCAUAUAAGUGCCUGGAUCAAAGAACCUGGCUGUGCAGAAAAAUGGCUGCUAACAAGCUUCUAUGACAAGCCUGAUUCUAGCUUAAGAGAGGUAACAUGGUGUCUCUUGAGCUCUUUAAAACUAGAAAGUGGAAAAGGUUGGUGUGUGAUAGGUGAUUUCAAUGAGAUAAUAGCUCAAGAUGAAAAACAUGGGGGAAAACAAAGACCAGAAAGGCUAAUGGCCAGAUUUAGAGAGGUACUAGAGAAGGGGGGAUUGUUUGAUUUGGGUUGGAGAUGGGACAAAUUCACCUGGAGUAACAAGCAUGAGGAUGACUCUUUUACUAAAGAGAGGCUUGACAGGGCAGUAGUCAAUGCUAAAUGGAGGGAAAUCCACACAAAGGGAUGGGUGGAGGUACUGGCAGCCAGGAGCUCAGAUCACAGGCCUAUUCUACUGAGCAAAAGCCUGAAAACAGAUCUGAAAGGUAGACAAAAGAGGUUGUUUAGGUAUGAGGCCAGUUGGGCACUAGAGGAUAGUUGUGAGGGAAUUGUCAAAGCAAUAUGGGCAGAAGGUGCUAAGAAGGGGAUCCAUUAA